AUGCUCAUCGUACACCCUUCGAGUUGUUGCGAUGUUUGCUUGGACCCGUACUCCUGGGACCUCUCGCCCCAUUCCAUUCCCUGCGGCCAUAUUUUUUGUAAAACUUGUCUGGUGUCGAUCGCACCCUCAAAAUGCCCCUUAUGCCGCAAGUCAUUCUUUUUCGAUGGCAUAGUGAAGCUGCACAUCGGUCGCGCCGCAGCGUCCCAGGGCUCCCAGGAGUUCGAGCUGCUGCAGAGACUUGUUGUAGAGGGAUCAAAUUGUCAAAGUGAUCUGGAAACAGCUGUAAAACGGAGCAAGCAGAAUCAGCAGGAAGUAAAAGAAGCCCUGGAAAGAGUGUUGCGAGAACAGAGCAAAGAAGAGACAGAAGCCCGCAGAGACAAUCAACCUACGGCGGAAGUAGGUCCAAGUGUACCCACAGCCAUUUAUACAGUCUCCCUUCGGGACGGAGACAGGAGUUCGCCUCGUCCAAUCAUUCGUGGUGCGGCAGAAAACUGGACUCGGAGGGCAAGGCGGGAAGCGAGAUACGCUGACAGUGGACUCAGUUUACAGUCCUCUCCUCCCGAGACUGUAGUUCCCAGCUCGCCACAUCCUUUCGACAGAGGCGUUCCAAGCUCACCACUUCUUCCGUUUGAGAGAGCAGUUUCCACCUCGCCGCCGUCCCGAUUGGAGAGUGAAAUUCCAAGCGUCCGCACCCAGCAGGAAGCGAGGAGUCAUUUUUCUCCACUUUCAUCUUAUCAAGUCAUUGAUAGGUAUCCUCGGCCCAACUCUCCGUUUCUCGAAAUCGAGACACUUCCCGACGUCCCGCAGGGAGCAAGAAACCAUUUUUCUUCACCUUCAAGUCUGUAA